AGUUUCUGAAAUACUCAAACCAGCCCAUGCCACUUUUUUUCCCCAUUCUGAUGUUUGAUGUGAACCAAAGCUCUUGACCUGUAUCUGCAUGAUUUCAUGUAUUGCGCUGCUGACCCGUGAUUGGCUGAUUGGAUAAUUGCACGAAUGUUAAUAUGAAUAAUGAAUAUAAUAAUAUGAAUAAGCUUAUGCUUAUGAUUCUUUGUUUGAUUGUUUGUUAUGAGUUUUUUCAGUUCAUUUAAUGAUUGGAAAUAAUAAUGUUAUAUUUGAUUUGCAAAAGAUUAAACAGCACAAAAAUGUAUUCCACAACAAAGUUUUUUUUUUUUUACUCCUUAAAUCUAAAAAUAAAGCAGUCAGCUUUUCUGUAGAAUGCAAUUUUCUAUGCUCGAAAUCCAGAGUAUAUAUUCACAAUAUAAGUAACCUUCAGCGAAUCAGCGCUGUGUUCAGAGAUUAACAGACAAUAGACUCAAAUAUGCACAUUGCUUUGUGUCAGCCACAUUUAAGUUAUUCAUGAUUGUAGGUUUUUUUUUUUAGGCAAAUAUUUUUAGCGUCCCCCCAUCCAAAAAACACAACACUGCUAUCUGCAUUCCAAAAAUGGAGCAGCAGAUAACAAGCAUACAAAAAGAGGAAUGAUUUCCUAUGUUAGGAUGACAAAAGUCAAGAAAAUACAUAAAAGAUAUGGAGAGGGAAAGGGGUUGAGGAAGAGAGUAUGGGAUAAGAGAGAGAGAGAGAGAGGAAAGAAGUAGCAAGGAAGGGAGGCUGGGAGGGAGAGAGGGAGGCUUUCCCACAGAGACGUCAUGUUUGUGCUGCUUCCUUCUUGCUCUGUCUCAUUCACUCAGUCACAUGCUCACACUCAUACGGUGUGCUGCACACACUCACAUACACACACACACUUCGCUGGUGAGCAUUCGACCAGCAGUCUGCUUUCUCUCUCUCUCGCUCUCUCUCUCUCUAACACUUAUUCACACUUUGUCACACAUACCCAAUCACACAUACCCAAUCACACAGCCUGAUACAGAGCCACAUGAAGUGGUGUUGCACGAGGAAGAGAAAGUAAAUGUUUGAGCACAAAGAGAGAGGAAAGUGAGGGAUGGAAUACAGAAGGAAGACAUAAAUCUAGACACGAGAGACAUCGCCUUUGCAAUCACGAAGAGGCUACAGCGGGGACAUACCUCACGUCUGAAAACACUCAGAAAACUGGAGUAAAGAUCUGAAGCAGUGGCAAUCGACAGCUGUUGUGUAUCAGCGUGUGUGUGCCCACCUGCCGUGUGUGUCCUCCUUCCCACUGCUGUGUGUUUGUGUUUGUGUCUACUUGCUACCCUUGACCUGACUGAAGUGUCACCAUGUUCUGGACGCUUCUCCUGGCACUGAUCCUAUUGCUGGUGCUCCAGGCCCAGUUAUAUGUUUGCCUGCGGGAGCUCAGAUCCUCCACUGUCUCUGUGAUCACAGUGAACCCGAAUGAGACCACCAACAGCAGCACCUCACGACGCUUACCAGGUGCCAUCAUCAUCGGAGUACGCAAGGGAGGCACCAGAGCCCUGCUGGAGAUGCUCAACCUUCAUCCAGAUGUGGAGGUGGCCAAGGCUGAAGUGCACUACUUCAACUUGGAUGAAAACUUCCACAAGGGUAUGGACUGGUAUCGUGCUCAGAUGCCUCUCACUCUUGCUGCGCAGGUGACCGUGGAAAAGACUCCAGGUUAUUUCACAGCACCUAUGGUUCCAGCCAGAAUGUGGUCAAUGAAUCCAGCAGUGAAGCUUCUUCUGAUCGUCCGAGACCCAGCUGAGAGGCUCGUGUCAGACUACACACAGGUCCUGCACAACCGCAUCCAGCAGAACAAACCAUACCAACCUCUGGAGGAACUGCUCCUACGCCGAGGACACAUCAACCCCAACUACAAGGCCCUCCAGAGAAGCCUUUACCACCAACACCUGGCCAGGUGGCUGGCGCUUUUCCCCAGGGAGCAGAUCCAUAUUGUUGAUGGAGAGGCGUUAAUCCGGGACCCAUUCCCAGAACUUCAAAAAGCAGAAAAAUUCCUGGAACUUCCACCGCGGAUAAUGCCAGAUAACUUCUACUUCAACACCACUAAAGGGUUUUACUGCCUGCUUUCUGCAGGACAUGACAAGUGCCUGGAUGAAUCAAAAGGAAGACCACAUGCACCCCUCAGCAACGAGGCUUUCCAAAAGCUCUGUCGAUUCCUCAGAUUGCCCAAUCAGAUCUUUUUUAGGAUGACGGGCCAGACUUUUCACUGGUGCUGAUAAAAAGUUUACACUAGAUUUUAAGACUGUAGACUAAAUCUGCCAUGAAAUAUCCUGUCUAGUCAGAACUCUACACAUUAUUUGAUAUUUGACUGAGAUUUGAUUAACAUCUGGGUUUAUUCCAACCAAGUCCAAGAACUGAGCUGAAAAAGUAAAAUAACAAGAGCACAAAUGUGGAAAACAGACGGUAUCUCUGGCGCAAAGGUUCCUCCUGGUGUUGGUUAUGCAGAACUGCAACAAACCUGAUCUUGAAAUUCAGGGGUAUGGAUUAAUGGACUCCGGCUGUAGAUAAGGGAUUACUAAUCUUAUCCACGGAUUAUCUGCUUGGUUUUAAUGAACCCUGCAGCUGCACCGGCACUUUGUAGAUAUGAUUGGUGAGCCCUGCUGUAGACUAAUCGUAUGUUUAAAAUGUUAAUACGUGUACAUAAAAAACAGCUGCUGAGACAUAUGGGUAAUAUGGAAGUACUCACAUUACCAGUAAGACAAACAUUAUGUAGCUUAUACUUUCUGUGCAUUUUGUGUACUUUACAAAGGUUUGUACAAGUGUAUGAUUGAGCACUGUAAUCAUUCUAGUAAUUAGUUGGAUUUUCAUCCUUGACAUUUGUUAAAUUAAUCUAUACUUGAAUGUUUUGUCUGCCAUUUUGAAUAAGUUUCUAUUUUUAAAGGCUCUUUAAAAAGAAAGUUCUGU